GGAUUUACACAGUCGAUUCAGAAUCGUCAGAUCCAGCCUAUAUGUGUUUGUGUGCUGAGACCUCCCUCCUGUACGUCACAUCGGCCUCUGUGUUCAGCCCUAUAAGAGGCGGACAGACAGGACGAUUGACCGUAACAUCACCAAGAGCACCACCUGGAAGCUGUCUGUCAUUGGCCAACCUCUCUGUGACUCACAGGUUGAUGUUCGUGGUCGCGAUCAUGCUCAUCCCUCGUUGCCUGCGUCUGACCCUGAGUGACGUCUGGACUCUUUCCUGCUUACGUCACUUCCUGCUGGAGUUCCUAGGCACCGCCCUCUUCCUGUCUGCCAGCCUAUCAGCUGUCCUGAUAACGCUGCCUGCUGCUGGAAGACCGGCACUGGAUCCUAGGUGUGCCAGCAACCGGAUCCACCCAAACAACCUGAGCGACCUGUUUCUGGACUCGUCUGGACUCGUGCCUGACUCACCUGCGUGUCCUCUGCAGGUGGCUCUGGUGUUCGGUCUGUCUGUUGCCAUGGCAGCGGUCUGUGUGGGCGGGGAAGCUCACUUGAACCCGGCGGUAACCAUAGCGAUGGCGCUGAGCCUGAGGCUUCGUGUGUGCAGGGCAGCUGUGUAUGUGAUUGGCCAGCUGUUAGGGGGCGUGGCCUCAGCUGCAGUGCUGCUGGGACUGACCGGAGACGUGACACCUGCUCUAAACCGAGUCUCCCCUGGAGUCCAGCUCCACCAGGCGCUCGCCGUGGAAAUGCUGGUUACCCUCCAGCUGGUCCUGGUUGUCUUGGCGACAGUUGACGUUCCCCUGCCAGCUGUGGCUCCUCCCCUAUUGGUCGGCCUGGCUGUCAGUCUGGGUCACCUGGUGGCCGUCGGAGCGACAGGUUGUGGGAUGAACCCGGCUCGCUCAUUGGGUCCAGCUGUCGUCACGCUCGACUUCAACAACCACUGGGUGUUCUGGGGGGGGCCUGGUCUGGGAGCGUGUCUUGCUGCUCUCCUGAACGAUCUGUUGCUACGGCCACGCUGGCGUCGCCCCAGAGAGUGGUGGGCGGAGUUAAAACAGCUGUAUGUGUUUGGAGACAAACAGCAGCAGGUGGCGCUGUCACACAUGCCGUAACACACACACACACACACUCACACACACACACACACACCUGUUUUUAGCACUUAGGGGGACUUGCGUUGACAUCCAGUCAUUAGGAGGACACGCAGAAACCUAGACACACAUUACAUUCAUUAUGACUUGUGUGUCUCAUAAUUAUAAAGGAAGAAAUGGUAACUUCAUAUUUAAACAAAUGUAUUGACAUUUACCUUGUGGGACCAGCGUCCCCACACUGUACCCAACACAUGUUAUUACAUGUACACACUGAGCAUUUAUUCCGUAUUAC